CAUUUUAAUUUAGUUGCAUCCUAUCUUUUUUCAUCGUUUCUAUAGCCUGAUCCUAAACAUCUUGUUAUUUUCGAAAGAAGAGAAAUGGUGGACCUAUUGAACUCGGUGAUGAACCUGGUGGCGCCUCCUGCCACGAUGGUGGUGAUGGCCUUCGCAUGGCCAUUACUGUCUUUCAUUAGCUUCUCCGAACGGGUUUACAACUCCUAUUUCGCUACCGAAAACAUGGAAGAUAAAGUUGUCGUAAUCACCGGAGCUUCCUCAGCCAUUGGAGAGCAAAUAGCAUAUGAAUAUGCAAAGAGAGGAGCAAAUUUGGUGUUGGUGGCGAGGAGAGAGCAGAGACUGAGAGUUGUGAGCAAUAAGGCCAAAGAGAUUGGAGCCAACCACGUCAUCAUCAUCGCUGCUGAUGUCAUCAAAGAAGAUGAUUGCUGCCGUUUCAUCACCCAAGCCGUCAACUACUACGGCCGCGUGGAUCACCUAGUGAAUACAGCGAGUCUUGGACACACUUUUUACUUUGAGGAAGUGAGUGACACGACUGUGUUUCCGCAUUUGCUGGACAUAAACUUCUGGGGGAAUGUUUAUCCGACAUACGUAGCAUUGCCAUAUCUUCAUCAGACGAAUGGCCGGAUAGUCGUGAAUGCAUCGGUUGAGAACUGGUUGCCUCUACCACGGAUGAGUCUUUAUUCUGCUGCAAAAGCAGCAUUAGUCAACUUCUAUGAGACGCUAAGAUUCGAGCUAAAUGGAGACGUGGGAAUAACUAUCGCAACUCAUGGAUGGAUCGGGAGUGAGAUGAGUAGAGGAAAGUUCAUGCUAGAAGAAGGUGCUGAGAUGCAAUGGAAGGAAGAAAGAGAAGUACCUGCAAACGGUGGGCCGCUAGAGGAAUUUGCAAAGAUGAUUGUGGCGGGAGCUUGUAGGGGAGACGCGUAUGUGAAGUUCCCAAACUGGUACGAUGUGUUUCUCCUCUAUAGAGUCUUCACGCCGAAUGUGCUUAGAUGGACAUUCAAGUUGUUACUGUCUACUGAGGGUACACGUAGAAGCUCCCUUGUUGGUGUCGGGUCGGGUAUGCCUGUUGAUGAAUCCUCUUCACAAAUGAAACUUAUGCUUGAAGGAGGCCCACCUCGGUUUCCCGCAAGCCCACCUAGGUAUACUGCAAGCCCACCUCAUUAUACCGCAAGCCCACCACGGUAUCCUGCGAGCCCACCUCGGUUUGCACAGUUUAAUAUCCAAGAGUUGUAAUAAAAGCCGGAUGGAGUGUCGAGUGUAGAGUGAACUUGAGCUUUAGAACUUUCUCCGACUAAGUGAACGACAAAAAGAAAAGCAAUGUAAAGGACAUCGAGU